AAAGUACAAUCAUUUGACCAAAUUUUAGGAAAAUAUUUGGAAAGAACGAAUUCCAGACUAACAGAAGCCGAAAGCAUUUCCUUAAAGUUGUGGGGUGUAGUCUAAAGAGGGCCAAAGUGCCGCAGAAGCUGUCGGGAUAUGCUCCUGGUACUAGGUGUAUACUCAGCGCAAGGUGCAGGGGAAGGAAUUUGAAUGGAUGUUGAAAAGAGAAGACUUGGUUGGUUCUCCAUCAUUGCUGCCCUGGUUAUUCUGGCCAUAGCAGCGGAGAAAUGCAGGCAACUAGUUGGAGAUGAUUCUGUGUCAAAAAGUGGAAAGUUCGUAUGGCUCAAUUGCUUUGACAUGAGCUCUGGAACAUUGGCCUGUUUGGCAAAAGAAGGAGGAAAAUUAUAUGUAUACAAUUUGAGAGCAGGUCAUGUAGAAAGGGAAAGGAGAAAAGCCAUUGAAAUUGCCUUGAGGGAAGCUAUAACUGGAGGUUUAAGUGUUGAAGUAGCCUCAAAGCAGGCACAGCAGGCAGGAGUGAAAGCAGCAAAGUUGGCAAGCAAGAAAGCCAAGCGUAUUACUGGGCCAAUUAUGGCUGCAGGAUGGGACUUUUUUGAAGCUUUGUACUAUGGUGGCACGAUCAUUGAAGGAUUCCUUAGAGGUAUUGGAACUCUUUUUGGAACUUAUGGUGGUGGUUUUUAUGGGGAGCAGAGACUUGGCCGUGUAGGCUAUCUGAUUGGCAGUCACGUGGGAAAUUGGUUUGGAGGAAGAGUUGGGCUUAUGGUUUAUGAUGUGAUUAAUGGAGUGCAAUAUUUGUUGUACACCGCAUCAAGUGUUGCUUCAGAUGUACUCAGUGGUGAGAUUAUCAAUGAUAGUUCUGAGACAUCAUAUCAGAGUCCAGAAACAUUUGAAGAGAUUCCAGAGACAAUGAAAGAUAUGUAUGAGAGUGAAAGCAUAGGUGAGAAUCAAGAAGAGAUUCCAGAGACAACGAGAGAUAUGUAUGAGAGUGAAAGCAUGGGUGAGAAUCAAGAAACUGACUAUGAGGAUGCUCUUGAAGUAUGAUUUCUUUCAUGUCAAAAACAAACGCUGAGGAAGAUGAUUGAAUAGGCCUAGGGUAGUCUCAAAAUCUAGGAGCUGUGACCAAUGGCAAUUAAUACCUUGCCAAGAGAAGCAAUGGCUGUUUUUAAGUUCUAUAAAAUGUUCUAACUGAUUUGUUUUUAGCUAGUGGAAAGCAUAUGUUGUCAAUUUCAACUCAAAAAGAUGGUAUACCAGUUUGUAGUUGUAUAAUUCUCCUAGAUGUAUGGUUUGCAGUGCUUUACUUGUCAUGAUUUGCGUGGUCAAUCAUGCAGAAGAUGUGCUCUAACUGAAUUGUGAAUUGAAAAUUAUUCUGACAAUUUUUUAUGGUUUGAUAACUCGAUAACAAUAAUCUGAAAAUACCAGUUUGUUUAUUUCUUUUAA